AGCUGCCAGACUCAGGCGGCUGCAGGAUGCGGGGGGCGCUGGGGUCCCUGCCCGAGCUGCUGCUCCGGGGCUGGGGGGAGCCGCUGCUGCUGCUGCUGCUGGCCGCCAGCGCCGCCUUCCUGGGCUACUACUGGGUGUGCGUCCCGCAGGUCCGUCCGAGGCCCUUGCUGGUGGGCGGGCUGCCGUUCUGCGCCUUCCUGGAGGCGCACUGCCCCGUCGUCCGCGAGCCCUUCCACCCCACGCCCUGGUGCUUCGAGGGCCGGCUCCAGACCCUGCUCCGCUUCUUCCUCCAGUCCCGGCCCCGGGUCGCCUACCGCAGCGAGUUGCUCCGCACGGCGGAUGGAGGGCAGCUGCUGCUGGACUGGGCGGACAAUGCAGAGAGCCAGCGGUACCCGGAGCCUGGCACACGCCCCACCGUCCUGCUGCUGCCAGGCCUCACCAGCAACAGCCAGGCCACCUACGUCCUGCACCUGGUGCAGCAGGCCUCCCGCGCGGGGUACAGGACUGUUGUGUUCAAUAACCGAGGGUGCAAGGGGGAGGAGCUGCUGACCCCCAGAGCCUUCUGCGCAAGCAACACGGAGGACCUGCAGACCGUGGUCACCCACAUCAAGGCCCAGCACCCGCGGGCACCACUCCUGGCUGUGGGUGUCUCUCUUGGCGGGAUCCUGGUGCUGAAGUACCUGGCGCAGCAGGGGCGCAACACGGGGCUGGUGGCUGCCAUGACCUUGUCCGUCCCCUGGGACGCGGAGGAGUCCAGCCGCUCACUGGAGCAGCCGCUCAACUUCCUGCUCUUCAACCGGCGCCUCACUGCCAACCUCUGCCACCUCCUGAGCCGGCACAGGAAGGUGAUUGCAGAGAAGGUGGAUGUGGAGCACGUACUGCAGGCACGCAGCAUCCGGGAGUUUGACGAGCGCUACACCGCCGUGGUGUUCGGCUACGGGACGUGCGCCGCAUACUACCGGGACGCCAGCCCCUCGCACUCGGUACACGCCGUGCGCCUGCCUGUGCUGUGCCUCAAUGCAGCCGACGACCCCUUCUCGCCGCUGCAGGCCAUCCCGCUGGCCGCGGCACGGCGCCUCCCCACGCUGGCGGUGCUGGUGACAGCGCGUGGCGGGCACAUCGGCUUCCUGGAGGGGCUCUUCCCCCGGCACGAGAGCUACAUGGACCGCGUCUUCGCCCAGUUCCUCGCCGCCGCCUUCGAGCACAGCCAGGAGCUGAGCCGCAGCCUGGGACCCGAGCACCCAGCCCCACAAUAAACCUCCUGCCCGGCUACCUCCUGUCCUCCAUGA